AGCACCCAACCACUUUCGUAUCUACAUGCUUUUCGCAGCCAUAUAUUCGCAACUCAUAAUCUGAUAAUGAAAGUUGCGAAAGAAGACUAUAGAUCGUAACCGCAAAGAUUUUCAAAUGGUUUUCAUAACAAUAAUAAAUUCUAAUUGAAAUUUGAGUGAGAGUUGAGAGUGUUAGUUUAACACAGUGCAUUUAUCGGCUUCAGUGUUGUUUAGCUUAGAGGUCCAAAUAACAGAUACAUUUAAAGAUGUUGAGCAUAUCAAGACUUUGCAUUUCCUCAGCCAGCAGAGCUUUUCCGAAAAUACAAAAAAAUGCUAGCAUGCUGACGCCCUUUAGAAACUACACCAAUUUAGUAUUUAAACCGCCUCAAGCGUUGCUGCGAAAUUCAAACAAGGCAUUCCAGAAAACAAGCGGCAGUAUAACUGUUCGAUUGGUCUCAGAUUCACCCCAAAAACCACCCAAAAGUGUUGGAUAUUGGUUACUUGCUUGCAGCGGGAUGGUUUUUGUAGCAGUUGUUCUAGGAGGGGUAACUCGAUUAACCGAAUCUGGCCUAUCAAUGGUUACUUGGAAAUUAUUGGGAGAAAAAAUGCCUCGGACGGACCAAGAAUGGGAGACAGAAUUCGCAAAAUAUCAACAAUAUCCAGAAUUCAAGCUCAAAAAUAGAGAAAUGACUUUAUCGGAAUUCAAAUUUAUUUGGCAUAUGGAAUAUGGUCACCGUCAAUGGGGCCGAUUAAUAGGAGCAGCCUUUUUGAUUCCGGCAGUGUACUUCUGGAGCAAAGGAAAACUUACGCCUGGCAUGAAGAAAAGAGUUUUGAUUUUUGGCUCAUUGAUUGGUGCACAGGGGCUUCUUGGUUGGUAUAUGGUUAAAUCUGGAUUAGAAGACCGAUUUCAUGGAGAAAGUGAUGUACCAAGAGUAUCACAGUACCGCCUAGCCAGUCAUCUGGGACUGGCAUUUGUUUUGUACACACUUCUUUUGUGGUCAGCUUUUGAUCAUAUAAUCCCAGCAGAAACGAUAACAAUUAGUAAAGCGGCAGUAUUAAAAGCUAGUAGGAAAUUUAGAAUGUUGGCGCAUACCACCAAGGGAAUGGUUUUCUUGACUGCAAUGUCUGGUGCUUUUGUAGCUGGAUUGGACGCAGGGUUGGUUUACAAUUCCUUUCCAAAAAUGGCAGAUAAAUGGAUUCCUGAUGAUAUUAUGGCAUACACUCCAAAGUUAACUAACUUUACAGAGAACCCGACAACAGUGCAAUUUGAUCACAGAAUACUUGGAACGAGCACAUUGGCUCUUAUUACAGCGCUUUGGUGGCUUAGUAGGAAACGAGUAUUACCAAGAAGAGCUUAUAUUGCUGCUUCUACAUUGGCUGUUGUGGGAUAUUUGCAGGUUGCACUUGGGAUUACGACGCUGCUUACCUAUGUCCCAGUUCCAGUCGCAGCCAGCCACCAGAGUGGGUCUCUUCUGCUGCUCUCAACGGCGCUAUGGUUAACUCAUGAGUUGAAGAAAUUACCCAAAUAGCUUUGCUUCGUUUUGGCAAAUUUAGAACCAAAUGUUAUUUGCUGUAAAGUAAGAAAGUGUUUCGCUUGAAGGAUGUCAACCAUUAAGUAUUUACCUACUGCGUUAUAAUAAAGUUUAAUUCUACA